ACCCACCUGUCACCCUUUCCUUCAUGUUCCUACUUGAUUAGGUCUGUACUUCUCUAAAUCUCAGGCUUUGUGGCCACUGAGAUACUGCUUGCUGCUGAGCUCCCAUCUGGGUCACUUCUGGGCUGUGGAGAAGAAAUGAGCAUCGGUCCAGACUAGCUGCCCAGCCAGUCCUAGUGCUGGUGCUCGCAGUGGGUGGAUCAUGUGACCUUCUAUGGGGAGGAGGGCUGUUAGGCAAAAGAGGGGCCAAAUGCCCAGACUCUCGACUUUCCUGCAACUCACUUGGGUGGCUGUAGGCAGGCCAUUUCUUCCCUGUGAGCCUCGGUGUCCCAGGCUAGAAAAGGGAGGCCAAGAGGAGGGCUUGUGGGAAUCUGAAAAAUGUCUUGGAUACCCUAAGGAGGGACAGGUGUCUGUCUUCUUGCCAUAGGAAGUUGGCCUGCAGCAGGAUACUGCCUCCUGCAGAAAGUACCUGGCUUCGUAAUCUCUCGGACCUCUCUCUUUCCUGGGAAGAUGUUCCUGGUGGGCCUGACAGGAGGCAUUGCCUCUGGCAAGAGCUCAGUGAUCCAGGUGUUCCAGCAGCUGGGCUGUGCGGUGAUUGAUGUGGAUGUCAUUGCCCGGCAUGUUGUCCAGCCAGGAUACCCCGCGCACCGGCGCAUUGUGGAGACCUUUGGCACUGAGGUCUUGCUGGAGAAUGGUGACAUCAAUCGCAAGGUUCUGGGGGACCUGAUUUUUAACCAGCCUGACCGACGGCAGCUGCUCAACGCCAUCACUCAUCCUGAGAUCCAAAAGGAAAUGAUGAAGGAGACCUUCAAGUACUUCCUUCGGGGAUACCGCUAUGUAAUUCUGGAUAUCCCCCUGCUAUUUGAGACCAAGAAGUUGCUCAAGUACAUGAAGCAUACAGUGGUGGUAUACUGUGACCGGGACACACAGCUGGUGCGGCUGAUGCGGCGGAACAACCUGAAUUGCGAGGAUGCAGAGGCCCGCAUCAAUGCACAGCUGCCCCUGACAGAGAAGGCCCGCAUGGCCCGCCAUGUUCUGGACAACUCGGGCGAGUGGAGCAUCACCAAACGCCAGGUCAUCCUCUUGCAUGCCAAGCUGGAACGCUCCCUGGAGUACCUGCCACUGAGGCUUGGAGUCCUCACAGGUCUGGCUAGCAUUGUCAGCCUCCUCUACCUGCUCACCCGCUACCUUCUGCCUUACCCCUAGCUGGGCACUCCAUGGCAGGAAGCCCCAGGCCUCCAUUUCCUUGGAGGCUGAAGCCAGGUAACACAUCCUGUUUCCUCACAACCUCCUGAAAACAUACAUAACACACAUAUGGACACUCUGAAUCAGGCUGGGGCCCUGCAGAGGCAGAGAAACAGCCCACUGUCACUGGGGCACUUCCCCAGGGUGCCUUCCUCCUCUGGCACGACCUACAGAACAGCGUCCAUGAUGGUACAUGGCAGCAAUAGUCAGAGACUGGCAGGCUGGAGAACACUGUCUCUGUGGCCCUCACUAGUGUUUAGAGCUGGGAGGCCAAGUGUUCUCUGGGCUUGAACCCCCUCUGAAGACAUGCCCAGUGAUGGCCCAGACCUCCUUCCUGGACCAUAGGAAAUCAUUCUGGACAAAGAGUUUUUACUUUCGAAUGUAGUUCAACAGGGUUCUGCCCUAGGUUGAAGCCCUUGGCCAGGAUGCAGUGUGGGUAAUGCUGUAGCCAGGCAGAGGCCCACCAUCCCACCAUGGGAUUUCUCCAGUGCUCCCUACACCCUGCCUACUGCCUCUCAUCACUCUGCAUUCCUAAUCCUGAACUCUUGGUCUUCCUCACGCACCACACUGUUCCUCAACUCUGUGCCUUUGUCCAGCUGCUCCCCUGCCUGAAAUACCUUUCCUUUUCUUUUUUCCUACAACUGGCUAACUCCCAGCUCAGGCACCGUUUGAAGUCCCAGGCUGAGUUAGGUGCUCUGGGAUACCACCCCCCUACACAUAUUUUACCUUAAUCCACAGUACACUAAUCUGCUAAAAGCUGGUUGGUUUCUUCUAUUAGACUGUAAGCCCUUUGAGGACAGGAACGGUGUCUUAUUCAUCUCUAUGUUCUUCAUGCAGAGCCUGGUUCACUGUUGGUGCUUAAUAAAGUGUGUUAGUCUGGAACAACCAAAGUUCCCAGACUUGGCUGAUGCCAUUUGGGGCUACACUUGGCUUCUUCC